AUUUUUUUCAGCUCCUAUGGUCAAUUUCUCUUCAAAUAUUUGGAUUCUCCUAGUUUUGGAAGGAGUCCUUGAUUUCCUUUCUUCUCCCUGCAUUUAAGCCUCUCCCCUACCCCUAAAACCGUACACAUUAUUCUUUUUCCUCUCUGAAAUCGACCAGCCUCUCAAACCGAUCAGAAAUCCAAUCGCUGCCAUCUCGCUUUUCCUCUCCUCGCCGCGCCAGCCCACUGCACCGACGUCAUCUUCCCCACCGCACGCACGGCACGAGUCUACGGCGCCUUACUUUCCCCGACGAGCGAUCCCUCCCCUUCUCUGGUCCCUGUCUCCGCGUGUUCAACUAGCAAGCAGCCAUCAUCAACCGCUCCCUGGUUGCAGCGACCGUCCACCGGAAGCCCGCAACCGCUGCCGACGAGCCCGCGCCUUGCCGCCCGAGGCCACCUUCGUCCGUUUUGCUAGUAGUUUCGAAAGGAAAUAAUGGCCGCGUUUUCUCUCUAUACGUUCUCUACGGUUUCUACCCGUGCGAUCCCCUGCUAUUGGCCAUAUUCUCGGGAAUCUCGGAGCAGAACAAUUACCAUCAAGAUCAGAUGUUUCGCAUCGGCUUCAGCUUCAGCUUCAGCUUCCUUGCCUUCGACUUCAAAUCCGAAGGUGGUGGUCACUCGAGAGCGCGGCAAAAACGCCAAACUCAUCGAUGCUUUGGCAAAUCGCAGGAUUACCUGUCUAGAGCUGCCUCUAAUCCAGCAUACUAAGUUAUCUGAUGUGGACAAGCUUUCUUCUCUAUUGAGCAGCAGUUCAUUUGACUGGACCAUCAUAACUUCACCUGAAGCUGGCUUGAUGAUAGUUCAGACACAGAAGCUUUUGGUCCACAGAGCUGCAGGUACACCAAAAGUUACUGUUGGAGUUGUGGGAGCUGGUACCGCAUGUGUUUUUGAAAAAAUUCAGCCGUCUCUGAAACAAAGUCUGAACGUGGCUUUUAUGCCAUCAAAAGCUAUUGGCAAGGUUUUGGCAGUUGAGCUACCGGAUAAUGGAAAUCAAAGGUGCACAGUUUUGUACCCUGCUUCAGCAAAAGCUAGCAAUGAGAUUGAGGAAGGCCUUACGAAGCGUGGAUUUGAGGUUACUAGACUGAACACAUAUACCACGGAACUUGUCAACCACGUGGAUGAAAUUGUUUUAGAACAAGCACUUUUAGCUCCUGUUAUCGCUGUAGCAUCACCUUCUGCGAUUCGUGCAUGGAUCAGCUUAAUACCAGAACCACAACGGUGGGAUAAUGCUGUUGCAUGUAUAGGGGGCACAACUGCGUUAGCUGCUAAAAAACUGGGAUUAAGGAAUGUGUAUUUUCCCGAAAAUCCAGGCAUUGAAGGGUGGGUUAAUAGCAUAUUGGAAGCCUUACAAGUCCAAAACCAAUUACAGAAGGUUUGAACGUUGAACGUUACGCAAACCGGAGUUUGAUCUGUGUUUUAGAAAAAUUAAACUCUGCUGCGUAUAUGUUGCCGGCUCUAGAGGAUGUACAAAUUUUUCCCUAUAUGAAGUUUAAGCUUCUGGAGGGUAGACUUGAAUAUGUAUAUCUAUAUAGUUUUUUGUAUGUACGGGAUUGUAGAAAAAUACUCGUCGGAGGUAUGAACUAAAGCAAAGUUGGACGAGAAAUAUUCCCUUGAUAGUUACAUGUUUAGGAAUCCGACGUACACAUGUUAUUUGAAAUCACUAAACUACAGGCAUGUACGUUUAAGUUGAAUGAUGCUUGUUAAUAUUACCUUGAUGCACUAGAGGAGUCGCGAGAUUGCAAAAAAGACAGUUUGUCAUAUUAGGGGCCACAAAGCUUCCAAAUGUGAAUUUAUCAUUUAUGAGUAACUGGAAUUCCUUGUUCCAUCACACUUAGGGUGAUUGGCAUCCCUUGGAUGCAUCCCCAGAGCAUUAGCAAACAAUCUCUUGGCAGCUCCCAUAUGCUCAUUUCUCAAACAAUCAUCACUUUUUUUUAUGCUAUUCUUUGACCGGCCUUCUUAUGAGGUCUCACAUGUCCUGGGAGUUGAGUUUUUCCCCAGCUCGUCUCUAGCACACAAGUCCCUCUCAUAUUCUGUGUACUGGAAUUUCAAACCAGUUUCUGCUUGUGCAACAUCUUUAGCAUCAUCUGAACUUGGCUCAUGUUGUGUCACCUUGUCUGAAUGGCCAAGUGCAUGAGUUAUCAUACAGCGGGCAACCACAGGAUCAUGUUUUGGCCUCUCCUUCACCAUUCUUUUCUCCCUUGCAUCUGAAGAAAAUAUUCUUUCCCUUGCAGCAAAAUAAAAUGUUUCUCUCUCCUCGAAUGAAGAUUUGUUACUCUGGCCUGGGACAGUCGGG